AUGCUAAGACAAGCAAGCAAAUUUCUGUGCCCACUCCACAGAGGUACUUACUCGCCGCAAAUCCGCAGAAUAGCGGCUGCCGCCAAACCGGCCCCAGUCGCCAUUGUAGGCGGCGGGCCCUGCGGACUGACAUUUGCACGUCUACUCGAACGUGCCGGGGUCGAUUAUGUCGUAUUUGAGCGCGAUGCAAGCUUCACUGCGGCCCAGAAAUUCCAAGGCGGCACUCUAGAUCUGGGCCCAGAAGGAGGGCAGGCGGCGCUCAAGAGCGCUGGCCUUUUCACCGAGUUUCAGAAGUAUGCCCGGUAUGAAGGGAGUUGCCUUACCAUCCAAGAUUUCAAGGGCAAUCACUACGAGAGGAUGGGAGGAGAUGACAGAGACCGGCCCGAGAUCGAUAGAUUCCAGUUGCGACAGAUGCUGCUGCAGUCAAUCCCGGAGCAGCGGGUGAAGUGGAAUAUGAAGCUUCUAGGAGCUGAAAUUCAGAAGAGAGAACAGGACUCUGGGUCUACGUCCGCAGCGGAUUGUGUUCUGCGAUUUGAGGAUGGGACAAGUGAGCGAGGGUUCCGCCUUGUCGUGGGCUCUGAUGGAGCUUGGAGUAAACUUCGCCAGGUAAUUACCCCUAUGGAGCCCACAUAUACCGGCAGGCUGUUUAUCGAAGGCGCUAUCUCGCCGGGCAAUCCGCAAUACAACGCAGCAGUCGCACUCGCUGGCCCCGGUAACUCCCUAGCCACUGGCAAUCACCAGGCUCUGUGUGUGCAGCAGAUGAGUGAUCGCUCAUAUCGCGUAUAUAUGGCAGUGGAGGGGCCAGAAAGUAUGACACGCCCCGGGGGCCAACUGGACCUGAGUAACCAAGAAGAGACUUGCGGUCGAAUAAAUGAGCUGUACUCCCCCUGGGCACCGCACCUGCGAGACAUUGUGGCUGCUGUAGAAGGCCCUUACCGGGCUUGGCCUUUGUUCCAGCUUGACGAGAGGCUUUUCGCUCGUGCAGAGGAGAAUAAGAACGACCUGCCACAUGAAGAACGUUGGAAGCGCGUGCCAGGUGUCACUCUACUUGGAGAUGCAGCGCACGUGGGGGUUCCAAACGGUGAGGGCGUUAAUCAUGCCAUGACCGAUGCACGUAAGCUUUUCGAGUGCCUUGAAGCCGAGUUGAAAGAAGCAGGGGAAGGGUUUGACCAGAAGGCCGAUGCAGUUCGAAUUGAGCGCGCUAUAUCGGCCUAUGAGGCAGACAUGUUUCCUCGGGCGCACGAGAGUAUCCGGGAUGGGAUCGGAAUGAUGGGAAUGAUGUUUGCGAAGGAUGGUGCCAAGAAGAUGAAGGAAAUACUCGCCCAGACGCCGCAAGAUGCCCAGACAUAG